AUGUUCGAAACCGGAAGACGAUCAGCCAUUAGUACUUCGGAACUCGGUCUUUAUUCCGAUCGCAGUGACCGGCACGGCAGGAACCAGCACAGUCUUCUUAUACGAAAAAUUGUGAUUGUCGUAAUGGUGGUGACAGCGGUGGUCCUAGCAGGUAUAUUUUUAUACGACUUCACCUCAGGUACCUCCAUUCAUAGCAAAGCGAAUCAAGAGACAAAACAUAUAUACAUAUUGCAAAAUGCGUUAAAAAAAUCGAACAAUGCUUCACCGAAAUCGGUGUUCAGUACUCCGACACCGGAAGGUGAAGUAAAUCGUACAGAAAUUAUUCUCGUACAAGAUCGAGUGGACCAGGAUUGCCAGGAUGUUGGCAAUGAUGGCACAGAUCAGUCACUGACAAAAUCGUCAACGCAAAAUGUCGCAGAAAAUAAUUUGAAAUGGAAGGAAAAGACCUCUCGUGCUAUCGAUUCUCACCGCAGGAUUACAACAGAUCAUUUUGACUCCGAAGAAAGAACUGAGGAUGAUAACCCUGAAGGGAAGAUAUUUAAUAAUCAUGCCGUGGUGUAUAGGGUAAAACAAAGGUACAAACGUCCAUUACCAGACGACGACAUUACGAACUCAGAAGAGUCCCGUCCAACACCAUUUCAUUUUCAGUACAAAACACCACAACCCACUUCCUUUAAGGGACCAAAGUACCCACAAUUGUCUCAAUACAGAUAUCCACACGCGUCACGAAACAUUCAAGACAUUAUAAAAUAUUUAACCAACGAAGCCGAUGCUGCAAAUCGGGGGAUUAAAUUCACGGGAGUUUACGUAAACCCGAAGAAAUAUGAUCCAUAUCCCGAAAUGGCUGAAAGUAUGACACAUGAUGACGUAUCGGAAGAAGAAGAAGACACUCCAUACCCGAUUACCAUAAACGCUGAUCCAUUUUAUCAAUACAAACCCAAGCAUCCAUCGGACGUCAAUCUUCUGGCCACGUCCAAUGUUAGAUUUUCCCCGGCAGGGAUUUACAGAUACAAUCCAUCAUUUGACCCAUACUACCAAAGACCAUCAUCGAACAUGAACAAACAACACCUCAUGGCAGCGGGAUCUCAGUAUGACAACUAUCCUGCGGAAAGUUACGCAAAAAGGAGGAAACCAAAACCAUUCAGUAUAAUGUUGGACAUUUAUCCGAUUACCGAUAUCGAUCAGACUAAAAAAAUAGGCAGGCCAAAGCAAUCUGCAUCAUUCGAUGACUAUGACUCCAGAAGACCUCCAGUCAUGUACAAUCGUGGACCCAAAAUGUAUUCCUCUUCUUCACCUAUUCCUGUUGUUGCCAUACCGAAUCAACCGAUGACCGACGAAGAAGAAAGGCAACAAAUGAUAUUUCACCUAAAUUUAUAUCCGCGGAAGAAAAACAAACUCAGCAGACACGACAUCUUGGAGAGAUCAGAGUUCGUGAUGUCCGAGGACCAGGAACAGCUUGUCAAAAAAAUUCUUUCCCCUUUCAAUUCAAUCACGAAACAAAAUGCAGAUCAUUUGCCCACUGAAGAAACGACGUUCCUAGAAGACGAAUCUCCAAAUAAUGCAAAGACACUUUUGUCUCGUUACGAAGAAACGCCUCUGAAGUUGUCCAACGAAUCGACAGAACAGAAUCACGAGGAAAAUUCAAAAUUCGAAGGAAUACAUAAUGAACAAGACAUCGAGAUACCAUCCAACCAUAAGCUAGGAAUCGGUCUAGAAAAAGAAGAGAUAACCGUGUGCCAGAAUUGUAAAAACGUCACAUCUACAGAGGAUAAAUCCGCAAAGAAUUUCACAACUCCUGUGCAGGAGAUAAAAAAUCCCGCAGAAGUCCAAGAAUUCCCCGAUGGACUAUUAGCUACCGACUGAAGAGCACUUCCGGAUAAAAUUUCAAAUUAAAUCCAGAUUUUCAGAAUGUCAGGAUCACUGCCAAGUUAAAAACUCUUCAAACGUCAUUUCUUAGAGACCUCUGAGAUAUUUUUGCGGUGCCUUCGACGAGAAAUGCGAAGAAAUUUGUGGGCAGUAAGGUGUAAAACCUGUCAGCUAAAACGAAUGCCUGGGUCACUCACCUUGACAUUUCUGCCGUUGGAAUUCCAUGAUUUCUCGAAAAACGAGGAGCCUUUAAUUUUAGAUUUUUAUACUAAUCCCAGGAAUGCUUAAUUAGAAUUUGCAUCUGAAGAGGAUUUCAUUGGCGCGCUAAUGAUACGAUCUAGAGGAAUAAAAGCGCACGAAUCUAAUGGCAGUUUGGAGCAAUUAAUUAGCCAUCGUCGGAACGGGUUACAUAAAGGCCAGACGUUUAAGGCUGAAAGUCUUCACCAACUUUCUCUUGCUUCGGUACACUGCUGACUUAACAGACGUCAGGGUAAUCACAUAACGCUUAGUUUCGAUAAAUAACGUGAAAUGUACAAUUUAUUCAUUAAAUACGAUUUAUAUUACAGA